AUUUUAGUUUUAUUACAAGAAAAUGGAGUGUAUAGCAACAUAUGCAAUCUCAAGCGGAGAGAAGAAAGGAUGUGGCUUCCCUCAAGAAUUGCAGUGACUCUGACUCUUCCUUCUUCUUCUUCUUUGGUCAACGCUAGACUUUUGCCUUCCUUCUCUCCCAUUACCAGAGGUGCUUUUUAAUCACAAUCACUGAUAGGCUUCCCCAUUUCUGGGUUCCUCUCAUUUUCCACAAAGUUUACGACUUUUUCCAACAAAAUGGCUUGGAAUGGUGUUAGAAAUGAUUUGGCUGUUGAAAACAAAUGUGGGGUUGUUCUUCCAGCUUCUGAAUCUUAUGUUGAACAAGCUUGUGAUGCUCUUAGAGUUGGUAAGGUUAUUGCUGUGCCCACUGAUACCCUCUAUGGAUUCGCCUGUGAUGCUUGUUCUUCGGAAGCAGUAAAUAGGAUUUAUGAGAUUAAAGGGCGUAAACACACUAGUCCUCUUGCAAUAUGUGUUGGGGAUGUGUUAGAAAUCAAACGCUUUGCCGACACCGAGCAUUUGCCUGAUGGCUUACUUGAAUCUCUCCUUCCGGGACCUGUCACUGUUGUACUAAAGCGAGGUGAGUCGAGCAUACUCGAGAAGUCUUUAAAUCCGGGAUUAGACAGUAUAGGAGUUCGAGUGCCAGACUAUGACUUCAUCAGGAUCGUUGCUCGUGGAUUGGGGAGUGCGUUGGCUCUUACAAGUGCAAAUCCAAGCGGGCAGCCAAGUAGUGUUAGCAUCAAAGAUUUUGAGAAUCUUUGGGAACAUUGUGCCUUCGUUUAUGAUGGCGGUGUGCUGCCUUCGGGUAGAGCAGGCUCAACGGUUGUGGACCUCACCAAAAUCGGGAAGUACAAGAUUCUUAGACCUGGAAGUGCGGAGGUUGAGACGGUGGAAAUCCUCAAAAGGCAUUCUUUAGAAGAAGAAACAACAACUACUUGAAUAUGCCUUAUCUCUUCUUCUAUUAGCUAUUGUUAAGAACUCUAAUGAAUUUUGAUUUAGUCAAAAUCUCAUUAGAGUCCUCUUCAAGAUAUUUUAUUGAAUUUGAACUGUAUAAUUCUCAUGUUUAAAUCCAACAUUUUCACCAUUAAUCUGUGAACAUCUACCUGUUUUUUUCCA